UACUCCUUGUGCUGAGUGGCCUGAACUUAAUUUAUAAAAUGUCUCCUCUUUAUUCUUUUCAUUAGGUUUAGAAGCUGAAAAAUCGUCUCGCCAAUCAGCAACAUGCCGGAGCUGAACUGCUCCCUUGCAACCCUUUUCGAAAUAGGUACCACAGUUUUCAGUGACAUAGGCUGCCCCGAAGCUGCUGUGGUGUGUGGGAUGAAUAUCUCUUGGGUGUUGGCUAACGCUACAGCAGAUCUGGAUGACUUAUGCUUAAGCGAGGAGGAGUACCUGGUCAGGCGCCUGGGCCCUCUAAGGUCCCCAGUGUUCCUUCCCGUCUGUCUCACCUACCUCACCAUCUUCACGGUAGGCUUACUGGGCAAUUCCCUGACCUGCGCAGUCAUUUUGCGCUACAGGGUGAUGCAGACACCCACUAACUACUAUCUGCUGAGCCUGGCCGUGUCUGACCUACUGGUGCUGCUGCUGGGAAUGCCGUUAGAGCUCUAUGAGAUGUGGCAGAACUACCCCUUCCUGCUCGGGGAGGGAGGGUGCUACUUCAAAACCUUCCUGUUUGAGACAGUCUGCUUCGCCUCCAUCCUCAACGUCACAGCGCUCAGCGUGGAACGCUACAUGGCGGUGGUGCACCCCCUCAAAGUCAAACACAUGACCACACGUGCUCACGUCAGGAGGGUCAUCUACAUGCUGUGGGGGCUGUCCAUGCUGUGUGCUGUGCCAAAUACCAGUUUGCACGGGAUUUGGGUGCUCCCUCCAAGGUUUGGACGACAGUUUCCCCGAUCAGCCAUCUGCUAUGUGGUCAAGCCCAUCUGGAUGUACAACCUGAUCAUCCUGAUUUCCACGUUGGUCUUCUUCCUGCUCCCCAUGCUGAUGAUUAGCAUUCUCUACCUGCUCAUUGGCUUGCAGCUACACAGGGAGAGGGUGAGGACUGUGGUGGACACGAGGGGUAACUUUGGACCAGAAAGUCUCUCCAGGUCCCACAUGCAGAAGCUGAACAAACGCAACCUCCAAGUCACCAAAAUGCUAUGUGUGCUGGUGGUUGUGUUCGGCCUUUGCUGGGCUCCCUUCCACGUGGACCGCUUGAUGUGGAGCUACAUGGACACCUCGUCCAAGCAGCACCACAAGGUCUUCGAGUACGUCCAUAUCAUCUCCGGAGUCUGCUUCUACCUAAGCUCUGCCAUCAACCCCAUCCUCUACAACCUAAUGUCCACCAGGUUCAGAGAAAUGUUCAGUCACGUUACCUGUUAUUCUAACAGCUGGCAGACUCGCUCCAGCUUACAGAUGACCCAACGCAGCACACUGAGCGAGACAAUUCCCAACAGUAUGAAAUGGAAAAACGGAAUAAAUGAGUAGAGAAAUGCAACUUAUACAGGGAAUGAGGGGUCA